CUUAGCGUUGAGACGUAAUUUACGAAUUUGCGGAAGAUAUUGAAUUACACCCGGGAUAAAUAACAUUAUGAGGGAUUAGCCAUGCGAGCAGAAAGAAGAAUCAUUACAUUCUAUCGUGAACUAGUUUCAAAAUAAUCAAACAAACAGUCAAGAACAAAGUGAUGGGAUAGCUGCUAGCUACGUAGUAGCAGUGUAAACAUAAAAUCGAUAUUCUCGGGUUCCAUGGUGGAUUGCGUUAUAGAGCACAGAGGAAACCAGGAAGCAUUGAUUAUGUUCCUUUACAAAAUGCGUUCAUUUCGCUGAAAUAAUAUCUAUUCGGAUUCAGAAACUAGAAAGAUUAUAUCGGAUAGAACUACGCUCACCUAGAAAUCAAUGUCGAUAGUGUAGCUGAGGCAUGGUGAUUAUGUAUUAGCGCUUAGAGAAAGAAGGAAUAGCGAACAGUGUGUCAUACAAGUGUUUGAAAUUUAAAUUGAUAGAAAUAGUUCCGCAGAAGUGGUCUAAUUUGUAAUGUGUAUAAAUACAAUCAGUAAGCAAUGCUGAUAUAACCAACUAGCAAACGAAAAUCGUAUCUAGUGUUUGUGUCGAGUGUACCCGGUGUUUGCGUUCACCUUUUUCGCAUGAUAAUGUGAAGAAACCAUAUUCACGGAAUGAAUUCUGAGUUGUUACCUCGGGGGAAAAAAGGAAUAAAAAAAACGCAACAGCGUCAAUAGAAAAUAAUUAUUCAUUUGUGAGAAGAAAAGUUCAGAAAACAGAGUUUGUGUGCGUUUGAAAUAAUAAUUGAUGGCAAUCGUACAUGCGAGCAUUUGGCAGGGAAAAGGAAAAUGUUUGAACGAGAGUAAAAUCAUUUUAUUCUUCAAUAAGUGCAAACAAAAAUGUGAGCAGCAAUCAUGCUGGUGAACAAAAAAAGUAGAAAAAAAUUAUCUUGUUCGCAUUCCGGUUAACAUAGGUGAAGAAAGGCCAAAAAUUAGGCGUAAUACAUCAGCCUGUUCCAAUGAGAAAAGCCUGUCGGAAACGCGGACGGCAUUGCCAAAUCUUUUGGUAGAGAAUUCCAAAUGGUCAAACAUUUUUAUGGCGCUGUUAUUAUUUCGAUUCUACCUUCUGUUCGCGAUAGGAUUGCUCUUGCUCAAUGGGUUCGCCAUAUUAUCAGUAUCUGCUUUCGUCAAUAAAGCAGGCCCGGACAGGCUACGUCUUACGGUGUCUCCUCCGGCACAAGUGGUGAUAAAAGCGGUCAAAAGUUCUCCAAUCUAUUUACCAUGCCAUGCGGAGGCCGAGAUUGAUUCGAGUGACUGGAUCGAUUCGGACAUGGAUAUGGACGAUGUCGACUACGAGAACAACGGCAACGAGGAAGUGCACAUUCUGCAAUCCCCCCACAUAGAACGGCAGCGAUACUAUGAGGACACGCUAGAUAUUAACAAUCUUGCCCAUGACAAUAUCAACAACAAUAACGAAAACGACAAGGAUCUGGAUGAGGAAGAUGAGUAUGAUGAGGAUGAGGAACAUUCCGAGCGGUACCGGCGGGCACUUUACGCUCGGGAAGAUUUCAUCGAAUAUGUGUGGUAUCGAAACGGGCUGGAGUUCUUCAGCACCGCUUUCCAGAACCAGAACCACAAGCAAACCCAUAAGGGGUUUCGUCUGUUUCCUAAUGGAACGUUAAGGAUACCAUAUAACCGUCAGUUGGGUAACCUUUCGGCUGGAGUAUACAGAUGCAAAGCGAAUUUGACCAGGCACGGUACUGGGUCCAUUCUUUCAACCGAAAGUGUGGUGUCAUUAGCUUAUUUGGAACGGAACAAUGCAUUUAUUUCUGAGAACAACACCAUUAUAGCCAACCCACAAAGAUCUCUGGUGUUACAUUGUCCAUUCGUUAGUCAUCCACCAGCAAACAUAACAUGGAUGGUCAAUAAAACACAAAUUAACACUAACAAUAAUGCUCUGGGCCAACUGGAAAACAGGUUCUACACACUGCAGAACGGAAGCUUACUUCUAACAGAUGUACGCCCUUCGGAUGCCGGUCGAUACCGGUGCAAUGCAACGAAUAGCUUCGCUGCAAAAAAUACGCGCAGCUACAGCUACAUAGUGGUUGUUCAGCCAACCCCACAAAAACCGCUCAACAAACUGCUUCCAAGAAUGCAACCAAAACUGCAAACCGUUACGGCUGGCUCAGUUCUUAAACUUAUUUGCGCUGGAUUUGCUGGAUUUCCCCGUUGGAAUUUUACACCGCGGGGUGGAAAAAUACCAAUCAGUCUGACAAGUUUCAAGUACCAACUAUUGUUCACCAACGUGUCCGUAGACAAGCACGAAGGAAUCUACAAUUGCUCUCUCGGUGCUGAUUUUCAGUUGUACAAUGUUACUGUUCUGGUGUCACCAAUGUUCCUCAACAAUAUGACCUCAUAUACCUCCUCUGUUGUUGCAUCAGUGUCAUUUAAUUGUAGUGUAAGCGGAAAUCCAAAACCCAAACUAACGUGGUACAAAAAUGGAAGAGAAAUUAAAAAUAGCUACAUUAUCCAUUAUAACUAUCCAAUUCUUCGCAUCAACACGAUCGAUCCGGAAGACGAAGGGCUCUAUCAGUGCAUUGCCAAAAACGAAGCUGGAGAAGCUAGUGUUUCGAUGUAUCUAUCGAUCAGAGACAAAGAUAAGUACAGGCGGUUGUCAAGACGACCCGACAGUAUCCAGUGUUAUCCGCUGGAUACCACAAGCCUGUUUAUCCGAUUCGAUAAUGGAAUACAACACGUCAAUACAGAAUACGUCAUGUACUAUCUCGCGUCGGAUAGUCCGUACAGUUGGUUCAGCUCUCCACCGACACAACUACUCACGAACAAUAGUCUAAAAAUAUCUGGUACGAUGGUAGCUCCUUUUCGAAACUAUACAGUCUAUCUACGAGCCUGUUCUGUGACCAACGUGCAGGAAGCGGAAAAUAUGGGACCCGCAGGUAAAAAGCAAGUAAUCCCAUCAAGGCUCUCUAGAGGAAUUCAAUGUACAUCUCAAGGAGUUCCCGUGUUGUCAAUAUUGUUUCCAAAUGGUAUUUUCAUCUGGUGGCCUCGAUUCCUCGGCGUUCAACCCACUGCAUUUACAAUUCAAUUCAAAGGGAACGAAAAUAGUACUAUGCCGGAAUUCGACAGUCGAAUUAGUGGAACCACGCAAACCUUGGACGAUUAUAUAACAUUCGAGGAUGUUCAACCGCUGCUCACGAUGAUCAACAUAACUACAUCAAAAUUCAAAGAAUACGUUCUGAACGAAGGUGGAAAAAGGCGUCGAAGGGCUUUUGAUAUUAGGAAAAACCCUAAGCAGAUAUUUGAAUCUCUGACGGGAACACAAUUAGACUACGAUACAUCCGGAUCGAAUUCGAAUCUCACGGAUCAGGAAAAGCACGAUGCAAGUCAUCAUCAGGUACUCAUUACGCAGAUCAAGGUCCAUGCCAAUGUAACGGGAAUACUUAUUCCGAACGCCAGAAAACUCGUGGUAAGAAUAUUGGGAUCCGUAGCGUCGGAUGGUGAACCAUUACAGCAGGAUCUUCGUUAUAUCCAAUGGAAGACGAUUGAUUCGUCCAUUCGUCCGGUAGAUACCGUCAACCGUUUCCAGGCAAACCACAUAGAUUCGCGUAGCGUGCAAUUCAUUUGGAAUCGCUUCAUAGCGGCCGAUCUCAUCAACCGAUGUCUUAUGUUGUGUUAUAAAAACGUAAAUCAUGAUGUUUUCUUACGUGGUGGUUCGAACAGAGUCAAUUGUCUGAACAUACCAAAUGAAGAAACACACUAUAAUUUGAAGGGUUUGCUGCCAUUCACGUUAUACAAGGCUUUCCUGAAGCCAUGUCACGCCAAGGAACCAAUCAGUGAUGUGUUGGAUUUUCUAACGAAGCAAGAUGUCCCUGGACCUGUCACAAAUCAUGGAUUGAUUCGAAAGAAUGGAAUAACAUUGACAUGGGGUCCGCCGGAAAACAGGAACGGUAUUCUCCAGGGGUAUCUGAUUGAAUGGUUGGACAAGGAAAAUCUCCACAGUGCAGUCAAUCUGACAAUUAACACUGAUCAUUUCCAAUUUCCAAAUAUAUCAACUUACGAUAAAAUUAACAUCUCUAUCAGAGCGAUCGGCAGCACUGGAAUCGGCAUACCAAUCUAUAUGAACCUUUUAAAUCAAGCGGAUGUAGUGUAUGACCGAAACGAACCGGAAGCACUCAUUCCAUGGGUGGAGAUUGCUAUUGGCACAUUCAUAAUUGUGUUCCUUCUCAUGUUUUGCUGUUUACUGGCAAUCCAUAGGAAAAACUGCAAAAAAGUGAACCGCAAUCCGACAGCGGCAGCCAAUGCAGCAUCGAUGCAGAUGCAUCCUCUAAACUGUAACGCAGAAAUGCAUGAAAUGCAAACAUUGAUUAGAACUACGGAGCAAACGUCAGUAUUAAUACCGAACGGAAUACACAGAGAGCCAAAUACAGAGAAAGCAUUAGCUCAGUUGAACAUCUUCAACGCUGUGGUCAACACGCCGGAUUCUGAUAUAACGCAUAUGAAUAUUGAAUCUCCCAGUGGAAAAUCCCAUCACCUAAUGCGCAACAGGAAUGGACUUGUAAACCAAAAUAGCAUUUGUUCCCCAACAAUCUCUCUUAAAACCACUCAACCAACAGUAUCCUCACAAGUUUUAGGUAGCAAUAACAGCAACCCAUCUCAAUCUUGUUGUUCAAAAGAUAGCAGCAGCAGUAGUGAAAAAUGGUUCGACACACCUCAACCUCAACAGAUACCUAUCGCCAUCAAUGACAACAGUAUUUAUCGUAGUACCAAUUUUAGCUAUCCCAAUCAGCAUUUUAACUCAAGUGCAACCGGUGGGUGUCACGCAAAUGGUAGAAAAAAUAGUCUGAACGGAACGGUCGAUUCAGAUUCACUGCAACAGAUACAUUCCCCCGCAACCACCACCAGAUGCGUUGAGACCGUUGAUACGACAGCAGAGCAAGUGCCAAGUUUUGCAGCUACCUCGAGGACGCUCUCACCUGUCUCGUCAAAUAUCUCAGCCACAUUUAUCGGUUCCUGUGGCACGACUGUACCACCCACUUUUGUUCAACCAGCAGCACAACCACAGCAUCAGCAGCACCUUUUAAAUGCAAACAACCAAAAUAACAAUAAAACAGACUUGAGCGAACACAGAGCAGAAUCCAGCGGAUUUUACACCGUAACAGCAGAUAAGCUGGUGGAUAAAAAUCCACAGUGUUCAAAAACGGACGCGAAUUCUGGAGGAUACAAUUCUUCAUCAGCCGUACUAAACACCUCGUUGUUUGAUAGUAGUCAACGUGGUUUAUUAGAUGUAACAAUGGAUAGUAAUAGUAUAGAAUACUACGAUGAUGAUGUAACUAACUGUGAUCAGAACGACGAUGCUAGCCGAUUGAUAACUACAACUCCUUUCUCAUGCAUUGCAAGUUCCCUUGAAUAUUCCUCAGAACAGCAGCUAUUCGAACGGUUACGGAUAGCACCAGCUGAAAGUGAAAUAGAGGAGGAUGAUAACAACAACGAACAGCAAGAAAAUAACCUGUUGAACAACUUUCAAAUCAACUGCAUUCAACUGCAGCACCAUCGACAGCAACUCCUCAAUCCAAGGUAUUUGGUAAGUCAAUGUAAACACGAAGAAUGUAACACGGAUGAACGUGUCAGCUGUGCUCACAAUGAUGAUGAUGACGAUAAUCUAGAAAAUUUGGAUAACUCAACAUCAUUGCUGAGUGAGGAUGGCCCCAACACAAAACCCUUACACCAACAACACUCAUCCAGUUGGAACUUCCGGCAACCGAUCGUUGGUCCGAAUGGUUAAUUGCAUUAUCACCACUCAUUCAAUGACCCUGCGAAGGCCCAAAUAAAUAGUGUCCGUCCCAGUUGUGUUUGCAGAUUGUCUAUGGGAUUAUAUGUUCAUUCAUCUACAGAUGCAGCCGCAGAAUAAGCUAUUCCAUUUGGGUCUCAAAAUUGUGAUCGCCAUCUUUCGAAACAGCGAAACGAUGUUUAUAGCAUUUUGGUUGCAGCAAGUUUUCGAGCUCUUUGCUACCAUUUCAUAUUUUUACCGAAGAGUAUGGCAAGUUUCAGUAUGAAGAUAAUCAAGCAGGAAGUAUUCUAUCAAAAGAGGCUUAUUAUGCAACAUAAUUGGCGCAUGAAUGCCUCUGUUUGCGGUGUCCGGUAUUCAAAUGAUGCAAUUAUUUCGAACGAUCCAGUUAUAAAUGUAAACUAUACGUUAAUGCACAGUUAUUGAUUAAAAAAUUCUAAAUUUGCUGCUUACUUUAUCCAAACCAGUCAUCUUCCACGAUCAUGAAUGAACUCAACGUACCUAAAUGCAAUAGAGGUUAAUUUAUAAGUUUAAAGUGUUGUUUAGAACAACUUGAUUCUGUAAAAAACACUCAUUUAAAAUGAACGAAGUGUGCAGGUUUGCAGACAUGAUAAAAAAAAAUAUAGUGAAUAAAACGAACAAAACACAUAAAAAUGAAGCAUAAGAUAUAUUACAAACUGGUACCUGAAACGAACAGUAGAAAGUAAGUUGAUCUAUUGAACAAUACUACUAAAAUAAAUUACAUUGGGAAACUACAAAACUAAACAUGUGAAUACAGGCAAAGAGUAUAUACCAGAUGAAGUAUAACGAGAGGUUAAUUAAUAUACUUUAGGAGUUUCACUUCGAUAAUGUAAAAGAGAGAGAGAGAGAGUCAGUUGGGCGGACCUUAUUGGAAUGAGAAUGUGACAUUACUUUAAGCCACAAAAAGCGAACCGUAAAUAGUGUAUCCUGUAAGUGAGACGCUGUUUUGAGAGGCUGUAUUAGCGAACAGCGAAAUUGAACUUAUUUUGAUAGUUUAAGCCUAACCACAUCGACUACAUUGUGCAUGUACAUUGAAGGUCAUCAAUUGAAUUUGGAGGGGAUUUCGAUUGAAUUUGUUGAUAAAAUCAAAAUGAUUGCAAUUCUGGUAAAUUGAGAAAAUAUGAAAAUACAUUCGCUUUGAUAAUGAUGGCUCAGUUAGAUUUUUUAUACUCGCAGCGCCUUCUAUGUAACAACAAGUGUGUGUAAAUUGGCAUUAAACAUUGGCAUAUACACGAUACAAAACAUAACAAUGGAACAGGACAGGAACAGGAAACGAAACAAAGGAAUCAACGGCAAAGAAACGUGUUUAACGUGCCUUGUUUGUAUAAAACGACAGACGAAAUAAUGUAAACAAAAAGUUCAUCGUAACGAGAAUAUGUAUCAGCUUCAGCCAAUCAUCAGAAAUAUUUUUUUUCGGGUUUCCAAACAUUAUCAAGUAACAGGCGAACAGAAGGUUAGAAUGGGAGACUACAGUGCCAUCUAUUGUUACGCGUGGAAAUGACAACAAUUUGAACGCCGUUAGCUGUAAUGGUAUACUAAGAAUACUAAUCACAUGUGCAAUAUAACCAAUAAAUCAAACAGAUCAAAACAUUACAUUUCACCUCACAUUUGCAGAUGCGUGGAAAGUUACAACUGUCAUUCUAGUAGGAGUUUCAAAAUUUUUAAUCCAAGUUAAAUCCAGAGUUUUAUUUAUAUAACCACCGUUCAGAAACCUUUUUUCUAUUGUAAUGGCAGCACACAUUCGUCUCGAUUAGUGUGUUUCUAGUGAAAAUGCAUCAAUUAGCAAUAGUGAACUUCGGAGAACUCCUCAGUUCCUACAGAAAUGCCAGAAUGACUCUUAUAAUCUAUUCCAUAAAAAACGAUAGAAUUUUUUUCGUAAAUGUAACCCCCAUACGGCUAUCACUGAUCAUUAGAGCGUGUUGGGUUGGUGUCGUUUUCACAAUGUAUUUUGCUAAUGAUCUUUCUUCGUUAUUGAAAGCAAUAGACUCACAAGCUGAUUUUGUGCACAGUUGAGGCUGAUUGAACAAGGAGCUAGAAUUGGUCAAUUCUGCACCGCUAAUGCAGUAGCUGUGAAUAUUUCAUUUCCUAGGUUCAAUAAUGAGGACUAUAAGAGACGCCAUGCACGAUCCUCAUAAAACAUAAGCAAACGAUGAGAUUAGAUCCAAAUUGGCGCUGAAUGUUCUCUCGAAGUGCAACAACCAACUACUCACAAAAUUAAACGUACAUCGUCAGCAAUAAUAUUGUCAGUGUUCCCACCUCGAAAUAUAAAACAAAAUUGAAUUAUAAAUUUAUGAGUAACAAAAUGUUGUUGUUGAACAUCGAUAUUCGUCGAUAUAGAAUUUGACCUCGCACGAAUUUCAGUACUCAUGGCUCUUUCGUGCAUUUCAAAGCGAAUCGGACAUUGCUAAAGUUUGAGGCAAUGUACAGUACUGGCAACAAAUUACAAUACACUCUGUUCUAAAAAUGUAAUCAAAAGGGACACGAAUACGAAGCAGUUAUCGAGAUUUUCUUUUUUCAGUAUUAAGAUUGCAUGUCAUCCUACCAAGUGAGAAGGAAAAUGUUUCGUUAAAGUUUGGCUUGCUCUUCAAAAUAGUGAAAGGAAUAUUAAUUGCUCAUUUUGGUCUGGCAAAUAAAAAAAAUACAAGUCGUGUAUUUGAAACAAAAGCAUAAAGAACCAGUCACUAGUAUUUCGUUGGCACAGAUAACUGCCUGCAGACUUUCGACCAAGUUUUGCAGGUAAUGUUGAUCAAUUUGUUUCCACUUCGUUCAAAGUUCCUCAAACAGCAGAGUUUUGUUAGUCGCAAUGCUUUCAUCCGUGAUUAAGGCGGCCAAUCCAUCAACUUCACACGAGAUUGACGGAAGUAGGACAUCGCAAGUGCCGUAUGCUUUGGAUUGUUGUCUUACAAUCCAAUACUUCGGAAAACUGAUCUUCUGUGCUGAGCUCUUCAAAUUGUGCAUAAGGAUAUCAAUGUACUUGUCAGCAUUCAUCUUACCAUCGAUUUGAACUAGGUUUCCAACACCCGACCAAGCAAAACACACCCAAACCAUGAUGCGGGUCAAGCAGCUCCUCUCCUUGCUUAAUCCCUACUCGGUUUCAUUCCGAAAAGCUCGAAUUUGCUUUCAUCUGAUCACAGCAUCUUUUUUUUCAGAUGGCAUUUGGACGUAUUUAUUGGCGAACUCCAAACAAGUCGCAAACUUGCUCCUUAAUCCUUGCUGUUGCAGUCUCAAUCGCACUGUCCGUUUCGAUAUGUUCAAUGAUAAGCUUUCUUUUAUAGUUCUGCUUGUAGCUCUUGGGUUUUUUCGCACUUCUCUGACGAUUCUGGCAUCUUCCCGGUCCGUUGUCAAGCGUUUGCGUCCAUGUCCUACUCGGUCGCAAACGGUACAAAGCUCUUGGUACUUCUUCAAAAGUUUCUGAAUCCCACCAAUGCUUACGUUGUACUUGGCCGCUAUGUUCCGAAAAGAUACGCUAUCUUGAUGGUCCUUAACUAUUAGUUUCCGCAUAGAAAUUUCGAUUUUCAUGAUCAGCAAGAAAAAACUUCGAACAACUCGCGAAACUGUAUUGGUAAUCAACAAACUCAAUCUGGCUUUAGAGAAUGAUGCCACCCAAACACCGAAAGCGUACAGAAAUGCCAUUGAUAUCAGUAAUGGCGCGCCAUCUCCAGCUGAGUACGAAAACUGUUCAUCUGUACUCUAUUUUGAAACACAUUCAAAAUUACUGGCACAACCAAUGUACAAUCUUGUACUGCAAUCCAAAAACAAUAUAUGCGGUGAUAACUGAUAUCUUAAUUAUGUAGAACAAACGAUUCAUUAGCAAAGAGGAACAAUUUUAAACAGUGUAUUCUUCAUUAUUGCCAGUACUGUACGAUUAGUUUCGUGAGUUACUAUAAAUCUGCAAGGAUCAUUUCAUUCGUCCGCUAUAUACACAAACCAGUCCUCAGUCGAAGCGUUUUCUGUUGUUAAAAAAAAACCACAGUAGAACCCCGAUUAUCCGCGAUUAUCUGGCAAGGUCACUCCGGAUAACGCAAUAAAAGUGAAGUGCAAACGCGAAAAAACGGUAUUUCAGCCUGAAAACUAUGUUUCAUCAAUACAGAAGUCAUUAAACUAUCCAUCUGUAAGGUCGUUGAAACCCAGAGUUGCCAACAAAAUUUUUCAAAAAACUGGAAGAUUGCUCUGAAAAAAAAACUGGAAGAAACGUGGAUCCUGUGAAACCGUUUGUUUUAAGAAGUUCGGUUAUGAUUUAUCUAAAAUGAUGUUUUUUACAUAUUCCAAAGCUUGAGAAAUACAAUUUUCUUUGAUGUUUUGUACAGUAUUUAUAUGUAGUUCAUAAAAUGGCGAAAUGAACAAAUUAAUCAUUUCAUUCGAACAGGUCAAAAUGACAUUUCCCACCACUCAAACAUUGUUAUGAAACAAUAGUUGAGAAUCUUUUUUCUAGAACCUUUAGAAAAUACGGUUUUAUUUGGGUAAAACUUGAAAAAUAUUGUAUUUAUUGCUUCAUGUCCAUAAAAUCGCUGAUAGAAGAUCGUCGUAAAAUUGCUCGGUAAUGUGAAUCAUUGAGGUACAUAGGGACAAGUUUUCUGGUUAUAGUUCACUUCAUUGAAUCUAAACUCAAUCUUCUGUCCUUUUUCUUUCAUCGCGAUUUUUGACAUUUCUCUAGUGUUUGUAUUGAUCAAUUUCGUUGCCAUCUUUUUCACACUCACAAAGAAUGGUGCUCCCGUGGCCGAGUGGUUAGCGUCACACCUAACAUGCAGGGGGUUUGGGUUCGAUUCCCGUUCUGGUCGGGGGAAUUUUUCGUCAAAGAAAUUUCCUCCGACUUGCACUGUGGUCACGCAUAUUAUCUAGAGCUUGCCACUCAUGAUGCAUUCAAGGCGUGUUAUUUGGCAUAGAAAUCUCAACUACAUUUUGGUUUGGUUUGUUUCAGCUCCCAUUCGUUCACCUUUGAAUAGGGGCAUGUGGGAACUGUAACGAAUGGGAGUCGAAACCAAGGGGUUACUGAGAUGGCCGCCAUUUUGUAGCCAGCAUAGAAAAUCAUGAGCAUAGAAAUGAUAACCUAAAAUUAAAAAUAAAGUGCUUCGUGCGAUCCUGCUGCAGUAUUUUAAUCGCGAAUCGCAAAAUAAAGCUUCCAAAUGGAUAUCCAAACAUUUAAGAAUCAUCCAACGGACUCAUUGGCUACAGACCAUUGCAAAUGCUGAGUAUAUUUGCAUCAACAUUGACUAUAAACAAUAAACAGCGACAUGAGCGCUAGCUUUAUGCUUCCCACGUUCAAUUUGUUUUGGUUGAGAUAGGAACUAUGAUAUCAUGUACAUUUCUCUUUCAAAAUUGUACGUUAUAUCGAAGCAUAAUAAAGAACCCAGAAACAUAGCAUAUGUUACUAUAUUGUGAUGCUGUUUGGGUAUAGUAAGUAAAUAAUGAUGAAAAAGUUCAACUAGGAGAUGAAGCCAACCUUUCUCAUGAUGUUUCCCAUUAUGAAGGACAAAAUCAAAGUCAAAGCUCGAGUCAUUUAGAACCCGGAAACACAAAACCAGGUGUAUCUCGGGAUUGGUUAAAGGUACAAAAAAUGUUUUGUAUCAAAAUACAGAUAAUUUGUUGUUCUUCUGAAAAAAAUAUUUAUCUACAGUUUUGAUUAAUUUUCAUGUUUCUCUUCGGAUACCUCUAUCGAAGUUUGGACUCUCUGUUGAUCAACCUCAGCGGCCAUUUUAUUCCACAAUCUCUUCAUGUCUGCAGCAUUCCAAGUCACUUUGGCACCCUUCUUGAAAUUCGCUUGACAAUUGGCCAACAUUUUUCUUUUGGGCGGAAUUGGGGGCGAUUCGGAGAGUUGAGGUCUUUUUCAAAGCAAUCGAUCCCAUCGUCACGGUCUCACUGAGGCACCUAUUGGCUGUGGUGGCAGCUUACCAAAUCUGAUCAAAACUUCACCGGACGUUUCUGCAGGCACUCUCCUCUAUACAUUUUCGAGUCCAUCGUCAUGUUUGUGACGAGAACCUUGGUUUUCUGUCCACAGCUUCAAAUCCCUUGCCAAAUCAAGAACUCCCUGGCAAAUUUAUCAGCGGAAACGAACUCAAAUUUGCUGAGAACGUUUCCUCAAGCAGUGGUCUUAUAUAGUCUGGGAGCUGUACAAAAUCCAUCUUCACGUACGUUUCGUCAUCCAUCAGCAUGAGUCUUUCGUACUUUAUCAAAACCUUGUUAAACAAAUUUCGAGCGCGUCUCUCUUGCCUCAGCGUCCUGUUUGGUUGCAUGCUGGCACAGAAUUUACGAUAAUCUUCUAACAUGUGGAUGCUCCGGAUGGUACUUUGGUUAGCGUUGUGUUUGUGGCGAUGUCGUAGUCGGAGAUUUCCGGGUUUGCGUUAAUUAUUCUCAAUGCCUUCAACCUCAGCUUCCGAUCGUAUAUUCUAAGACGCGUUCUCUGAUCCAUCGGAACAACAGUUGCACGUUCACGAGAACGUUUCAGCACAUCAUACACUGCAAUUUUAGCCACUUUCAGCGAUUUCGCGAUUUUAGUAUCUUACCACGAAGGAUUUUUAAUGUGGGUGUCCCAAAUCAAAUUUCUUCUCUCGGUAUCCAUCCUGCACAACUUUUUCAAAACAAAAUGGAUCAACUAAAAUUUUCACCGUCGAAAGAUAUAGAUUUUCAAAACAAUUUGGUGUCAAAAGAUUUGAGAUACGCCUACUACGACCGCUGCUAUAAAAUGAACAAUUCCGGAUUCUAACUGAAUCAAACCUUAAGGGUAAAUAGAUAAAAUGACAGCUUGCACCUUUAUUCUUCAGCACGAGUGUUCAAGCCAUAUUGCAGAGUAUGUAAUGCAAAAAUGAAAAUUCAUUUGAAAGUCCUGAUUAUGGGCUAUGGUUUCAGACAUGAGACCAUAAUAAGCUUAUUCAUAGUGUACAAUACAAAUAUAUUUUGUCUCUAUGGGAUUUGAAAUACUCCAAUUGAAAUUUGAGAAACUAGACCCAGGCCACUAAAUGACCGUUGUGGAACCUGUGAGAUUGAAAUGAAACUCUCAGUACCUAUUCCGGAAGGAUUUUUUACACAUUCAAAAAGUGUACGUUAUAUCGAAGUUCCCCUGUAUUUCGAUACAUCCAAAAGGUAUGGAUUGGCAUGAGAUACGAGGUGAAAUACCAUAAACAUCCAACCACAAUAUCACUUCAAUACUCAAAUAAGCACAUUCAAUGCUAAAACAACACUCCUUGAGAAGCUAUUUCUCUUAUUUUUUUAGAAUUAUUCAUUGGUACUGCAUAUUUGCAAUGGUACUGCACACUUGCAGAAAAAACACUACUCUAUAGGAGAGUUUACACGUAAAACUAAUGCUAUUUAGAACACAAUUUUUUUGAGUGACCAUGAGAAACUGAUAUUCAAUUGAUGUAAACAAGCAAGGUUUCUUGGGUUUUAUAUUCAUAUCAAUUAAAGUCAAUGAAGCACAUUCACUCUAUGAUCCCCUGAACUUUAGAAUGAUUUGGAGAAUCUGAUGUUUAUAUAAACCCAAAGCCAGCAUAGAUCGCGGGCUAUAUGAACUAUUUUGGGUAAGUUUUAUUGCUAUGAACAUUGUACCAGUCGUGGAUGAAUUGAUAGAUCAAUUGGUGUGGACUUCAGAAUGGUUGGGAUGACCUAGAAUAUCUCAUAUUUUUUUAUGAAUUCAAAUACACUGUAGCAUGUUGCUGCUUGGGUAGGCUGUUAAAUGAAAUAAAAACUUAAAGCUACCCUGUUUUUGAAGUCGUUUCAUAAAUUUCUAGCAUACGGGAAAGCUCUUCGCUUUGGCAUUUUCGACAAUAUACCUAGGAAUUGAACGAAAUAGGAAGAACCAAAUUAAAGCCUCGCCUGUCGCAGAAGUCCAUGAGGUAGAUGAAAAACGGCUGAAAAACAAUAUAUUUCCACCACACGCACUGUGCGCUAACCGUAUUUUUCAGCCGAGUUACAUCUAUCUCUUCAUGGAUUUCUGCGACAGGCGAGGCUUUAAUUUGGUUCUUUCCAUUUCGUUCAAUUUGUCGGUGUUUGGUUGAAAAUACCAAAACGAAGAGCUUUUCCAAAUGUUGGAAACUUAUUAAACUACAACUGUCUCUGAAUUUAUAUAAAUAUCAGCUGUUCUAGGUCUUCCAAAACAUUUUGAAGUACAGACCAAUUGAUAUACCAUUUCAUCCACGACCGGUACAAUGUUCAUAGCAAGAAAACUUAUCCAAAAUAGUUCAUAGAGCCCGCGUUUUAUGCUGGCUUUGAGUUUAUAUAAACAUCAGAGGUUAUAGAUCCUCUAAAUCAUUUUAAAGUUCAGAAGGUCAUAGAGUAAAUGUGUUGAUAUGAAUAUAAAACCCAAGUAACCUUGCUUCUGUUUACUACAGUUGGAUAUUAGUUUCUAAUGGUCACUCAAAGGAUUUUUAUUUCCACGUCGCAUUAAUUUUACGCAUAAUCUGAAAUCUCCUAGAGAGAAUAUGCUUAUGGUAUUUUUAUUUGGUAUUUUACCUCGUAUCUCAUGCUAAUCCGUACCUUUUUGAGGUAACCAGAAACGUAAUUAAUCACAUUAUCGAGCAGUAUUGCGACGAUCUUCUAUCAACGAUUUUAUAAACAUGAAUCAGUAAAUACGAGAUUUUGCAAUUUUUUGAAAAAUAUUAUUGGCAACCCUGGUUGAGUGUGUAAGAAAAAAAAGAUCGAUCUAAAAUAAAUCUGACUUGAUUUGAAGGGAUAAUAUUUAUCAUUGUAAAUUUUUUGUUAAGUAAAAUGAGUAAAACUGAUGCACAAAUAAAAAAAAACUGGAAGAUUUUAGGGUUCGACUGGAUGACUGGAUCAAGAAAAAAACUGGAAGAAUCCAGUUUAAACUGGAACAUUGGCAACGCUGUGUAUACCAGCGGUCAAAUGAUGUGAAAGCCAUGGUCAAAACAAAAGAGCAAGAGUCUACCCUUCACUGACAUAUUUCGGAAAGCUAUGUAUAAUUAGUAUAGAGCUAGCUCUACUCUACUGUAUAUGUUGAAUUUGAUACGUCCCUUCUGGUUCGGUAUAUUAUUUCUCUCAAUUCUAAGAAGUAUGCGCAACCGGUAUCAUAAAAGAUUUAAAUUAUUUUUAAAUAAGUAUAGAACGAAACCAGACAAUAUAUGAUCCAUAUUUUCCAAAAAAAAAAAUUCAGAUGAAUACAUCUCUUCGACUACAAUUAUUCUAAGAUUGAACUACUACUUGAAGACCAAUGAUUAUUUCAGCAUGUGAUUUUCUUUGUUGUCAGACGCAUUAUUCAUUUUAUCUCGUGUCACACUUCUCAUCCCGUAUCGGAAACUUGGGGAGGGCUUUAACUGAGGCACCACUGAACGGCAAGCCGCACCGAUCCGUUGGCUUUCGGAUAGAGGACGACACUUUUCGAUACCCCAAUGCCACAUGCUAUAUGUUGCAUAAAGAUUGUCUCAGUGGAAUCUCAUCUUCAGAAACACAAUCACAGUUGAUGUAGGCCAAGAAAAAAUUGUACCAUUCAAGAUGUUGACCUCUGUUACUCAUUACUAGAAAACACAUUCAUUCAACGCAACGUUUCACUAUUUGUUGUAAAUAUACUGCAUCAUUCCAUUGUUAGAAAGUCAACUCGCUACCGAAGUUGUAGUACUUCAGCCAAUUAACAAUCUUUUACUUUUGAUAUACCGUUUCAAAAAAAAAACGUAUUAUUCCGCAAUGUGCGAUAAAUGUUUUUGUCUGGCAUAUUCUGCAUGUUGAAAUUGGAUAACUUUAAAAUCUGAUCGCAUCGUUAUGGGAACGUUUAAUUCCACGCCGCAUCCAUUCUUAUAAUGACGAUCAUGACGAUUUCCAUGACAUUCACCAUAAACGAACAUUUGUUGUCACUUGUUGUUUGCUCAUUUUCGAUUAUGGUUAAUCACAUUACCUAGUGAGAGAACCAAGAUUAAUCCCCAUUGAAAGAUAUUAUUAUUACUAGAAGCACAAGAGUUUUGGAAAAGUAUGCUAUAUGUAAUGACCAAUGAAGAUCUACCCUCACUUCAAUUCUCAAAGUGUGCUCUGAACUUGAUUUAAGUUAGUUUUAUACUUUUAUUAUUAUUAAUUUAUCGGUAAAAAUAGUGGAUAACCACAGAUGAUCCACUUUUCCAACAGCCAACCAAGCAAGUAGAUGGAAGUGGAAAGUGAGGAGUUAAGUGUCACACACUAUGUUAUAAUACUGCAUUCAAAAGAUUGCUGAAUAUAAAACCACUUUUGUAACGAACAUCAUAUUUCUAAGAGGAAAACAUAUGUUUCGUCAACAUGAUUGUAGAUAACAAUUUUACACUGUUUUUCUAGAUAUCUCUAACUUUAAAAUUUUUCUACAGUUAAACACAGUUACCAUUCAAUUUUUCAGCAUAAUAGUUUGUUCUAUUUAUUUUUUUUAUAUAUAUAUUCCUCAAUGUAUUAUUUCUCACACAUCCUACUUAACUUCUGUUCCAUUUUUACUAAACAUAUCAGAACGCCGUAACAAUCGUCCGCAAUUCUUUGAGAUCAGUAGACCCGAUACACCCCUAACGAUUCCCUUAAUUUUAGUUCUCUAACUCAUAUGCAUCCGUUCAAGUAAACCAAAUGAAAUAAUAGAUGCAAGUUCCAGUCACUCGCCACACUCGGAUACAUCUAUAGCCAAAGUAUUUCUCAGUUAUUGUUCUUAGAUGUAUAAUAGACAGACAUUUAACCGUUCAGAACAGAAAAUUAAGUUAGAUAGCGGCAGCAGAAUAGAGCGAAAAAAAACCGAAACAAAUAUUGUUCACACCACGACUACUUCCGUAAACUGUUCUCACAUUCCACAAUUCCAUGAAUCAAGCAGUAACACAAUUUUGUUCGUAUUUUUAGUUUAUUUCCACAUAUGAAAACGAAUAGUAUUUAUUCUUAAUAUAUAAAUACUUGAUUCAGUAGAAGAGAAUCUCUUACUCCAUAUUGUAUAGUGAUUAUAGAUGAAUUAUUUAACUAAAAUGAGAAUGAUUUUAUUUAUUUCACAUGCCUACAUGAGAAUACAACCAAACAAGUGGAAACAGGUUGGUUUAUUGCUAUAUAAGUGUUUCUGUUUCGAGUAUACUUAAUCACUUGCAAUCGUUCAUAGGAAACGACCUUUACAAGCAUAGAAAUAAAGCAAAACAGAUGAUAAUAUUGAACGAAACAAUCAAGAACAUAAGUAGCAAAGCUUCCUGAUCGAUGACUAUUAUUUUUUUUACUUAAUUGGUUAGUUUUAACUCGUUGACUCAGACUAAAGAAUUGAUUAUGUUUGAUUUAUUUUAAUAUUCUUAUUGUUUUCAUGUAGAACUGACGCGAACGAAAGAACACAUUCUUGGAUGAAUUGUUAUCUACCUCAUAACGACAAGAUAAUUUUAAAGGACUUUGUUUUAAUUCUGAUAAGAUGAAACACAAUGAACGAAGUAAAUUUUAUUGAUUAAUUUUAGUCAUUCGUGUAUAAAAUAUACAGUAUACAAUAAAUAACAAAAGGUUAAAAAAUAAAUG